AGAAUUUCUAAUGAGGACAUAUUGGUUAUGCUGAUGUCAGAAUCAAGAAAUCCAACAUAAGUAUCAAUAUAAAAAAUAUGCUAAAUUCAAUUAAUAAAACCAAAUAUCUCAUUAGAUUACUUUGUUAAAGUUUAAAAUAAAAAAAAAUUACCUAAAUUUCAAGCUGUUUUUUUCCCAGUAAGCAAUAAGCAAAAUGAUGGAAAACGGCGGUGCUGCCAUCUGUGUUGUCAAUGUUGUUAGGCUUAAAUGGAGCCGUGGACACGAUUGGUGAUGUUUAGUAAAGCAAUAAUUCAGAGUUUUUAUUGCUGUUGAGGUUAAAUAACGAUGCUUGAGAGUGUGGAUUAUAUAUUCCGGUAAUUAAUACCUGCGAAAAUGCUAAAAUGAGUGUUACGACUGUGCGAGUUCGGGCAAUGUUUACAUUUGUGUAUGGGAAAGCAACAUCCAUUGAAGACAAUCUGCCCUGGGUUGUUAGUCCCUAAAUACCUAAAAAUGACGCAGAAAGCAGUGAUUGUUUUAUGUUAUAAUAUAACCUCACCUUUGGCCAUCACUGAAUGUACCUUCAUCUGUAAUCUACCUUCAGUCUCAACUAUGUAGUUAUAAUGGUGUGGCGGAGGAUACGUGCUUUCUAAUUCACUGGAUCAUAAUGUCACAACGAGGGAAGCGACAGCCAAACAAAACAGAAGAUGGACCAGCUCCUGCUAAAAGGCGCAAGUGUCGUCCGACGGCGGCGGAAGAAGAAGAAGCGGCUGCACUUGCGGCUGCUGCUGCGGCAGGAAACGCCUGGGUGCCGCGUCCCCUCAGCGAUCUCAAGAUCUCUAGCAUAUACAACCGGAGUGCCACCGAGGCACCAGCUGAGUUGUUCCGGAAGGAUCUCAUCAGUGCCAUGAAGCUGCCCGACUCAGAGCCCCUGUCCACCGACGAGUACUGGGUGAUCAGCGACCCCUGGAAGCAGGAGUGGGAGAGGGGGGUGCAGGUGCCGGUCAACCCCGACUCUCUGCCCGAGCCCACAGUCACCGUCAACAAGAGCACCUCGGGCAUCAGGCCACCUCAUGACUUCAAGCUGCCCAAAUCAAAGUACAUCAGGAUAACGAAAGACGAGUUCUUCAACACGGAAGAGCAUUUCUUGUCCAACGCCCCCACCAGAGCAGAGAAGGCUUGCUCCUACGACCUGGACGACUGUGAUGUGGCGUGGCUGCAGAUAGCAAACGGAGAGCGAGCUCUAAUGGGCCUUCAACCAAUAACGGAAGAUCAACUAGAGAGGGUCGUUGAAGAGCUGGAACUGCGGUGCUGGGAAAAAGUACAAUCGAUUGUUAAAACAGAGGAAGGACUAGGAAUUGAGUAUGACGAGAACGUCAUCUGUGAUGUGUGCAGAUCGCCGGACUCGGAGGAGGGCAACGAGAUGGUGUUCUGCGACUACUGCAACAUCUGCGUGCACCAGGCGUGCUACGGCAUCACCACCAUCCCGUCCGGCUCGUGGAUGUGUCGCACGUGCGCGCUGGGCCAGCGCCCCGAGUGCGUGCUCUGCCCCAACAAGGGCGGAGCCAUGAAGUGCACCCGCUCGGGGCAGAAGUGGGCGCACGUGUCUUGCGCGCUCUGGAUACCUGAAGUCAGCAUAGGCUGCGUGGAGAAGAUGGAGCCCAUCACCAAGAUAUCCAGUAUUCCGCAAAGUCGGUGGGCGCUGAUAUGCGUCCUGUGCCGGGAGAGAGUGGGUGCGUGCAUCCAGUGCUCCGUGAAGACGUGCAAGACUGCUUACCAUGUAACCUGCGCGUUCAAGCACGGCCUGGAGAUGCGCGCCAUCAUCGAGGACGAGAACGCGGAUGACGGCGUGAAGCUGCGGUCAUACUGCCAGAAGCACAGUGUCACAAGCAAGAAAGAGAAGAGCGACUCCGCCUCAGAGGACGACGAGUCCAAGCAGAAGAAGCGUAAGGAUAUGACUUCAGAGGAGAAGAAUCAGGCACGAGCGGCAAAGCUUCAAGAGAUCGAAGCAGAAUUUGAUAAGCAUGUCACAGUUAAAGAUGUCACGCAACAUAUGGAUGUUGACACUGAAGGAAUUCACUUCAUUUACAACUACUGGAAACUGAAGAGAAAGGCUGGCUUCAACAGACCCCUCCUGCCGCCAAAGUCCGAGGACGUGGAUGUCCUCUCUCGCCAGCAGGAGCAGGCAGACGUCGAAAAAAUGAGGAUGUUCGUGCAGCUUCGUCAAGACCUGGAAAGGGUUCGCAACUUAUGUUACAUGGUCAGCAGGCGUGAGAAACUUUCCCGAUCAUUUUUCCGAACUCGAGAGCAAACUUUCCACAAGCAAGUUGCAGUGCUCAGCAACACAAACUACAACCUCAGUGGUAAAGAAAUAGAAGCUGUCAUACAAGCCAACCAUGGUCCUUCAAUUUAUGAUCGCCUGUAUUCACAACCAUUGACUGAAGAUCAGACUGAAGACUUUGACCUGAUAGUGGCUCGUAUUGCAGGCAUUGGGUCUCCUGCUCAGUCUGUCACGGCAGAUGAAAAGAGUAAGACUGAUAUAAAUGGGCUCUUAAAAUCCUGCGAGAAGAAAGUAGCUCUUGAUAAUCCAUACAAGAGGUUCUACUUCAACGGGGCUAGUCGGCGGCGCAGCAGCCUGUAUGGCAGCAUGUCGAGUGGGAGCGAGACGGACACUGCAACCAGAAUGCAGGCAAAACUACCGCCCAAGGAAAGAUUACCUCUCGAUAGCACUGCAUCUAGUACGGAAGAGGAGGAAAAGCCUGUCGCAAAGCUUCCUGUACGCAAGAGGGUUUCCGGCAGUCGGAAAAAUAGCACGAGGGCAAGUGCUGCAGUGCAUGCAAAAACUGCCAAAAAGAAGUUGGAAACUUCGAGCGAAGAUGAUAAGAAACAGAAGCGAAACUCAUGGAAGUCACCACGCAGCAGGACUCUUCGCCAGAUGGAACGAGAACUUAGUGAUAAAAUGGGAUCUUGUACCGAUGAAAGUGAUGAAUUGCUGCCUAUAAAAGCUUCGAAAACUGAACCGCAGAAGAUAAACAAAAUCUACUCUGAUAGUGAAUCUGAAGUGUCGCUGAAGGGUGAAUUGUCUGGUGGGGAACGCAAUGAUGACAAGUCUGCAUCAAACACGCCAAGUGACUCGCAACAUAUUGUGAGAACGAAAGCUGCAAUGAAGGAAUUCUCAGCAGGGACGCAUGCUAAGGUAGAUAAAUCUGAACAUAAAAAUGGUACAAAACUAAAAAUGUCUAAAAAGGUUAAAGCAGUAAAAGAUAUCGAACUGAAAGAAGAGGAAAUGCUGGAUGAUGAUACUGUAGAAGAACGAAGUCAUUCAAAGUCUUCCAAGAAGAAAGAAUACGAUCCAACUGACCUUAUUGUACCUCAAAGACAGGCUGCUAAAAAAGCCACAGAAAGUAUUCGUUCUUCUCAAGGACGAACUAAGGAGCAGAUGCUUUUUGAACAAGAAGCACCAAAAACAUCACCACCUGCCAUUGAAGAGCUUAAGCUUAAACCAAAAGCAAAGCUGAAGCCAAAAGAAAUUAAAGGUUCUAAAGAUUCAAAAUCCGGUGAUAUAUUUGAGUUUGAAAAAGACACCAUUGAACCAGACGCACAGGAAGUAUUGGCUUACGUUCCACAGCGGCAGGCAGCUAAGAAAGCUGCAGCUCACAUUAAAAGUGGUAUGGUGAAACCUGUUGCAGAGCCAGACUCGGAGGGUGGCAAACAGAAGAAAGAUGUCGUUGAAUCAUUAAAAGGAAAGAAAGAACCUGAAACAAUCAAACCCAGGCGUGAUUCUGAAUCAGAAAAGAAAUCACCAUUAAAAUCUGAUGAUUCUAGAGAAAAAUUAGGUGGAAAGUAUGUCUCUUCUUCAUCCACGUCUUCAUCUACAAGUUCAUCGGAUGACUCAUCGUCUUCAAGUUCUGAGAGUGAAGAUGAAGAAGAAGUAGAUAAAAUUUUGAAGUCGCCUAUUAAGUCACCAAAGAAGGAGAAAGUGGAUAAGGAUGUGACAGCUGAUAAAAAAUCAUCAGAACGAAUAAUUUCUACUGAAACUAUGAAAGAUGACAAGAAGUCCAAGUCAGUCCCAGCACAAGAGAAGCGAGUUCCAGAAAAACGAGUAGAUGAGCAGCCCUUUCUUGACAAGGGAACUCGUUCUACCUCCAGCAGUUCAGCAUCCUCAGACGAUGACUCUGAUGAAAACAGUAUGGUCAAGAAGAAGGCAUCAGCAGGUACUGAAUCAAAGAGCAAGAAUGAUGCCCUAUCUCCAAAAGCCAAGUCUCACCAGCACAGUUCUUCUGGAUGCACAGCCAAGCCAUCAGACCAAAAUGACGAAAGAGUCGCUUCUGGAUCCAAAUCGGCCGGCAAGAAAUUUAAGAAGGCGCCUGACAAGAAGCUUAAAACUUCCGACAGGCGGCCUGAACUUGAGUUUCAGCCGCCGAUUGCUGAAGGAAGUGAACCAUUCCAUGCCAAGGAGAAACUGGAGAGGGGAAGGAAACUUGAGUCGAAUGAUGGUGAUUGGGGCGGAAACUUUGACGGCAGAUCGAGAGAUAUGCCUGUCUCCAAAGAUAGAUCUGAUGUCAGUAGAAGUGCAGUCUCCUCCCGAGGAGAGCACGACUCUCCAGGCAAACGUAACCGAUCACGUUCUAGUCGAGUUGAGGAGCAAGCAUCAGUUGAGGGGGGCCGGGAGGGAGAAUCAGCUGAAGAGCGGAGUCCCAAGAAAGUGCAGCACAAGCCAGAUGGAAGGAAGAAAAAGCCUAAUGAAGCUGAGAAGGUCAGCCAGUCUCACGAAGUGUGCAGAGAAGCUGCUAGCCAGUCCCGAAGUCACAGAGCACCUGAAGACCAACCACAGCCAGUCCUUAAAGAGAGGGCCAAGUCCGGUGAGCACGUUCCAUCCUCGCUCAAGAAAGCGGAGAAGAACAUAGGCGAAAAAGUGACAACAGAUGACAGCCAGAGGCAUGAUGCCAAGAAAGUUGGCUCACAAUCCAAAGCUAGUGGAAACACAAAUUCUGUAAGUCCACAAAGUGAAAGGGAGUCUCAUGCCAGCCAACUGGAAAGAGAAAUUGCAGAAAGGAAAGCUGAAAAAGCUGAGAAAGAUGCAACAUUCAAACGGUCUUCAAGGUUAUCAAUUGAUCAAUUGUUUGAAAAGCGUGAUAAGAGGAUUGACAGAAACAAGGAAAAAGAGGCAUCUAGUCAAAAUGAUAAACCUUUGAGUGAGAGAAGUAAUCAAAAACUAAUCACAUCAAAAGAGUUGAUUAAAAAUGUCAUGGAGGAAAAUUUCAAAAAACGUACAUCACCUAAGGAAGAUUUCAGGGGAAAGCAAAUUCAACCAACAGAUGCUUCAAACAAAGUUUCUUUUACACGAGAGGAUUUGAAAAGAGCUAGCAAGGAUGUGAUAGGUGUUGAAAACAGCAGCAGUACAAAUAAAAAUGAUAUUAAAGGCAUCGAAAAACAUUUUGUCAUGAACGAAACAACAAAGUUCAAUUCUGUCAUCACUUCUAGCAAAGAAAACAUACCAGAUAAGAAAGAUACUGUGAUAAAGAAGAUUGAAAAACAUUUUACAUCAGACAAAACUGACAGCUAUUUAAGUAGGAAUGAUCACAGGAAUUCUGAUGCAGUGGAUAACAAAGAAAUCAUUGAAGUACUUGAUGUUUAUACACCUAAUGACAACAGGAGAGAUUCUUCAGAAUCUGCAUCAUCUAUUUCCACAGAAAGUGAUGAAAAGAACAAAAAGAAUGCUCGGCCUAUGCCUCGUUGCAAGAAGAAAGCUUUAGGUAUUUUGAGUGAAAUUGAUUUGACUCAAGAAAAUACCAAAAGUAAUGAAAAAGAUGAUGAUGAAGUAGUUGCCCUAAAUGAGUUUGAUGUUCCUAAAACUGAAGACUUAAUAUCUCCUCCACCCGAAAUUACAAUUGUUGACAGCAAGUUACAGUCUCUUGAUGAGGUUAAGGAAGUUGUACCAACACCACCACCUAGCAACACAUCACAAUCAUUUGGGCCUGAGAACAUUGCAAGUACCACAAUUGAUCAGAAUACAUCUGCUGCAGUUAACACCAGCAAUUAUGCUCUCCCUUCACAAGCACUGAGUGUGGGCAAUGAAUUUCCAGUUUCUGAACCAGUUCCUGAACCAGUAUCUGUAGAACCAAAGAAAGUAACCUCUAGAACAUCAUCUUUGAACGAUCCCUCAUACCAACAUCGAUCCAUAUUCUCUCCACAGCAACCAUCUAAAGAUACUUCUGUCGCAGAACUUUUUGAUUUUGGCAAUGAGAUUCUUGCUGUUGAUGAAACGGUUCAUGGUGAUGGGUUUAGUAUUGCUCGAGACACAGAGGAAAUUAUGCGUGCUCCACCUGUCACAUUCUCUUUCAACAGUGACUUUCUGUUCAAGGAGGAUUCAAAGGAAGAUAGUGCCCGGGAAACUCUCAAUCUAGUAGAAAAGCUAAGGCUUGAGUAUGCAAAGAAAUCUACUAACAGCUCAAGCCAAGCAGAUGGCCAAGAAAACAACUGUGUACCAUCAUCUGUUCAAGAUGAUAGUGUUAUCCAGUUGGACGACAUCACAGAUGAGAAGCCAGAUGUGCCACCAGUCGUUGAAAUAAUUGAUCCUAGUCCACAUGAAACUAAGGAAGAAAAAUCAGUAGAGAUCAUGGAACCCAAAGUAGAUGUCACUGUAAGUGUGGAUGAAGCUACUGAUAAUAAGCCACUGUUAACUGUGGAACCCAACAUCUCCCUCUCUCAGCCUCAUGAACCAAUGCUUCACCAUCAUACGGAUGAGCAAGUUAAGAAUGAUGAGUCAUCUUACAACAAUCCAUAUGAGUAUCAGUCAUGUGGAAUGCAGUUAGAUGGGCAUAAGGCCUCUGUGCCAGGUCGGGAAAAACUUGAUCGCAGUAGUACUGAUGAGCGAUGGGUUCCCCCGAGUUUGGAAUUCAUUUCCCAGCAACAGCACAUGAGCAUUAUGAGUCACCAUUUUGAGCACUUACCACCAUCUGUAGACUGUACUCCAGCUCCAUCACCAUACACAGAUCUGCGAGCGAGAGCUAAGUGGGCAGAUAGCGAAGUCCUUCCUGCGAGAAGAUCCUCAUCAUCGUCGGUCUCAUCUUCCUCGUCAUCUUCUCAUCGAGAAGACAUGGAACUAUCUAAAAGGGAUGACCUGCACUUGCCUCCUCACACUCCCGGAGCAGAUUUAUCAUAUCCUGGUCUUCAUCCAGGCAUUCCUUACCCACCUUGUGCAUUGUCCGAUGCUCCUCCAUUCCAUCCAUACUCUGAAGCAUCGCCCUUCGUAGGACCCAUGAUUUUCCCACCACCGUGUUCACAGUUACCUCCAUUUUCAUCCCCUGGCCCAGCAAUGUUUGCUCCAUUUGGGCCUUCGUUCGCUGCCUCACAUUCGUUGCUGCAGCCACCGCCAAAGCCUCCAGAGGAACCACCUCUUAUGCCUCAGCCAUGUGUGGCAGCAUUUACUUCCUCUUCGCACAACAUGGCUCUCACAGCGGCUAUGGUAUCCCCUCCACCUUCGGUACAAACACCCGGGCUUCUGAACCAAGAGCAGUCUCCAGGUUCCAACAUCACACCAGCUUCUUUUGCACCCGUCCCUGACCAGAUCCAGCAUAUAUCAAUGACGAUGUCUCCCGUCCAGAACAGCCAAGGGACGCUUGAGCUCAAUCAUUCACAUCCCUCGGUAACACCCUUGCCACCCAGUUCUUUUCCCCCGACCUCGCUCGCUCCGGUUUCCAUUUCAGUUCCUCCGUCAUCCCAGGCACCUCUAGCACAGCCUGCUCCAUUCCAGAUGCCUGCGAUUCCGCCGCCUCCUGCCCCUCUUCCUCCUCCUGUUUCGGUGCAGUCAUCAUUACCACCACCACCACCUCCCCCACCACCUGCGCAUCACCCUCCAGAGUCCCCCGCACCAAAGUCUGCCAGCACAGGGGCUGCUGCUGGCAAGAAGUCUCCAGCCAAGCCCACAAGGUCAUCUGCCAGAGUCACGUCACAACAAGGCAAGUCACCAGCCAAAUCGCCGGGGAAAUCACCUAGGCAGCUGGAAGCGGCUGGUGGGAAAACGCCCGCUCACGGCCGCGUACGCGACUCUGGGGGCGGUCGGCGAGGCAUGAGCAAAGUGGCAGUUAAUCGUGCAAUGUACAAUCAGCCUCGAGGAGGCUCUCGCCGAGGUCGGGGUAGGGGCAGAGGGCAGCACGUGCAGCACUUCCAGGACUCAGAUUUUCUGGCAGGGAAUACCAUCCACAGUAAACUGGUGGGCACUGUCUAUGAUUUUGACGAUGAUGCCCCAAGCGAGAAUGUGGAGAACCUCCGAGCCAUGAGGGAGAGGCGGCGUUCUACGGAUGUCCAUGACAGGAAGAUUUAUGAUUCUACAUUCCUACCGCAUGAUUCAUCACAUUCAUCUAAGUUUGUCGGCUCCCAGCAAAGUCAAAAUUCCAAGCUUCGAACAUCUUACGGUUCGGAAGUUCGAACUCUUAGGUCGUCUUCACCACUGUCAGAUCGCCACUCAUCAAGCGUGGGUGAGGGUGUCUUGAAGUCAUCUCCACCUGUCAACACUAAUUCUGAUAGAAUCGAACAUUUUCCAGACGUUCAGCCCUUAUUACCUGGUCCUGUUGACAUGCGAACCUAUAGUUCAUCUUAUGAACCAAACACAAGUAAUAAUUCUUCAGCAUAUCACAACAACUUGUUCGGUUCUUCAGCUGCCGAGCGUGUGCCAGAUAUUGUAGAAGAUCUUGAAGAAGAACUUCACUUGACGCUUCCAGCAAAGUCAUUGGCUUCCUCAAAAACCAAUGAUACCAUUCAAAAACAAACUGAAGAUUUUUCAUCUGGUUCACUUGCUCUUGAUUCUGCAACGAACAACAAAGUCUCCCUGUCCGACUCUCGUAACCAGUUGAAAGUGAAAAUAAAAGGGCCGUUUUUGGAUGCAAAUUAUGCUGCAUCUGCUGUCGCACCGCUCAAUCAACAGCAACCUUCACUUCCUGUCAUGAGUACAUUUGAUGGAACAGCUGCCUCGAGCUUCAUACCGGCAGCUACCGGGGCCAUGUCCUCAGUUGUGACGUCGGGAACGUCAAACCUGCGCCGCAUGCGCAAGAAGGAGUUGCUGCGCCAGUACUGCUCACAGGACAUGAACAUGGACGACCCUGCCACUGUCUCAGUCACCGGCCAGGCCAUGACACCUGCUGCGCCACCCGUCAAUCGCACUGUCAUCACCAUCCCCAAGGCAGUGGCGUCCAUGACGACCAUUCCAACGCGUGAAGACUACAAGGCGGUGGUGGACGCCAACAUGGAGAAGAAACGGCGUAAGGAGAAGACGUCUCUCUCUACAUCGCUGACGGUUCCUCGCAAGCUUAGGCACUUGGAUGUGCCUCACGCAGCCUGUGAGCUGAUGGAGAGGAGAAGAAGCAUCAGCUCCGUAGGAAACAGUCCUUCCGGUGGUGUGCUCACGGAUGGCAACUUCUCUGUGGCGCCCGUGAGAGGCAGGGGCAGGGCUUCGCGACCUGCAGCGGCUGCGGGACAAGCUCCGAAACUGAAGAUCAAGUUCGGCAAUAGUAUUAUAGGGACACAAGACUCUGAAAUGGUGCUGGAAGAGAAAAGACUAAGGGUGCGGCCACCUAAAAAGCGCUUGAUGAGUAGUGUUCCCAAACCGUCUGUAGAAGAACUGAAAAGGGAAAGUAUGAAAUAUCGAAAAAAAGUUAUGGCCGACUUUGAUGAGGCCGAAAAGAAACAUAAAAAAGUGAUUUCCUCCAAGAAACACAAGCAACGCCAUUCGGAUACUCAUCAAGUUCAGGUCAUAGAGGACAAGUUUGCAGAGAAACUUAUCAUUAGGAUAAACCGUGCGAGUAAAGGGGGUAGUGCAAGUGCAAUCAGUAGUGUGGGUAGUGCGGGAGAGAACGACGACGGUGGGUCACCUUCGACUCGGACAGAUGCCGCAGCGACGGCUGCAGCUAGUAGUCGAACAUCUGCCGCCACGCCGCCCAGCGAAGACGCUCCCGGGGCCAGCGAUGCGGAAAAACAAAGCCAUCCACCUACCACGGUCGCGUCGGUGGACGGUGACAACCAGAGAAAGGAGUCUCCUUUGCUCAAUGUACGGACGUGCAAAGUUACCCCGAUCAGGUUAAAGUUGGCGCGUUGUCAAGAAGGGUACGUGAUGAAAGAGCAGUCUGACCUCAGUGCCGCCUCGGAGGCACCCUCAGCGCCGUCGUUUUCCGAACAGUCGCGUAACAGUGAGUCGAGCAGCAGUACAUUGCCAGUGACGAAAGGCUGCGAGGUUAGGUGAUGACUGUGGUAACAUAUGUGAUGUUUCAAAAGCGAUCUGUUAACGGUUGUCACCAAGUGACGCUCUUACUCGACUCUGUCCCCACCACCCAUGCGUGCUCAAAGUGCUCGUGGAUCUGUACAAACUGUACAAAGUAUUGCGUAUAGCUUUUAAAUUAUGUAGAGGUUUUUGCCAAAUGUUUUAAAUUUAAUGUAUAAUCAUAUAUUUCCAAAUUUAGUUGUCGUUGUUACUCUUUGAAUGAGAUUGUGUGACAUGGUAUUUAAAUCUCGUAGCAGUUCUGUACAUUUGCACAGUUUAUUAUCAGACUUAUGGAAUGCAGUUAUUGUACAGAAGUCAAUUAAUGGUUUGAAUUAUGAAUUUAAUAUUUUUGUAUAUAUUGUAUGUGUUGUAGAGUGUGUAAAUAUAGUCCUGUACAUGUAAAUUUAUAUUUUAUUUAAAAGAUAUGGUUUGCAAAUAAUUUGUUGCGUGAUAACACAAAAUUUGAAUGUAUGUGAAAAAUAAAUAUGUAAACAAAUGGCUUGUUUGUUGGUCAUGAAUGCAAAAAUUUAAAUUAUACUUAAAAUUAGUGAAUCCAGAAUUCUAACAAAUAGUAGCUACUAUGUUGAUGGUUGUGAUCUAUGUUGCUACCGUAUCUUUUGAAAAAAUGUUAAACAUCAAUUUUAGUGUGGGACUUAGAUAUUUGAAUGUAUGUUACCCUUGCCCAAUGCAAUGAUAUAUUGCCACACAAAAAAUAAUGUUAGUGUACGUAUAUAAUUGCGUUGUUUCAAAAUUGUUUCACUCUUUUGACGCUGAAUGGUUAUGCAAAGUGGUAUUGUAUUUUGAAUGGCAUAGUAAAUUAAAUUACAGUGAAAUGUGUGUCCAUUGUCACAAAAAUUUCUAUCAAAGAUCGGUAAAUUUUUUAUAAAAUCUUGGGCCUUUUUUCUAGUGUGAAUCUAAGGUGGGUUUCGUAUAAGUUUUGAGUUAAACCAAUCUAAUAUAAGUUGUUAUUCUCAUGAAGUCAUUUUGAAUGUGCAGGAUUUUCUAAUAACAUUUUUUGUUGAACAUUUAUUGUGUUAAUAUUGUAAUUUGUCAGUGGGCUUUUAUUCCUGGAUAAUUUUACUAUAUAAUUUUCUUUAAUUAUCAAGAAGGCUUUCUAUUUUUUUUUUUUUUUAACUUUUCUCUGUGGAACUCUCACUGUAUGUGACAGUGUGUUGUAACUGUACUGAGUAAGAUUUUAAAAUUAUAUUUGUUCAAGUUUUUAAUUUUGAAAGUAGUAACUGUUUUACACAAAAAAAAAUUUUUUUUAAACAAUUUAACUUAAGAAUAAAAUAUGUGUUUGAAAUAUUUUGUUUUCAAAACUGUGUGUGUGUUUAUAUUUUUUUAACUUCAGAAGUUAAUUUGAAUAUGCCUUAACUGAGGUACAUAAUGAAAACUUUAUUAACUUCAAGGGUAGUUUCUUUGAUAUAUUGUGGACUUGGUCUAUGAUUUAGUGCAUGGAUUGUUUUAAUGAAAUAGUUUUGCUGCAGAUGAGUUGAGUAACCUGCCAUAUUGCUUUUUCAUGCAGUUUUUAGUAUAACAGAAAACAUCACUCUUUGCCCAGUGUUUUUACGAUUACCAACAGUGAUGUUGCUUGUUUAACAGGUUCGUUCUUAAAACAAGCCAUUUGUUGUGUCUCUUUUUGCCAAAAAAUAACUGUUCUUCAGUACUCUAUCUCUAUAUGCAUAAUGUUCAUAAAGUACUUGGAUCUAAUGAUUGGAGUAAUCAAAAAUAUUUGAUAUUCGUGAAUAAUGUUAUAUUUUAUUUGAAAUUUGAUUAAAAUUUACCAUAAAAAAUAAAACAGAAAGUGCAGAAGCCCUCUAUUUAGCAUAUUUAUAAAAAAUUGUGAUUGCUAAUGUCUGUGUGUUAUUAUAAUCAUUGUAUGUUCAAGUUAUUUUCUGUUUUACUAUAUUUUUUUAUAGCUGGUUAUAAUUUUUUUGAAUUAUUGGAUGCAAAAAUAUCAUAUAUUACAUAAUAUAUUUUUUUAUUUGUUUUCAAAUAAUUUUUUUACUUCAAGGGCAUUCGUAGUGCCUGCCCUAAUGCUAUUUAUGAUGGUUCUGGGUGAUAGCGAAUGCUAAAAAUUUUGUACACAAAUAAAUACAUACAUAAUUUCUGUCGACUAGUCAAUGCUAGAACUGAAUAAUGAACACUACCCAUUUAAUAUAAGCUUUAGAAGUCUCUUCAAUAUUGCUACAGUAAAGAAACAUUUUCACCAUACCUGUCUGUUUCCAAGAAUAAAAUUAUUUUUAUUUCCCUUAAUAACAUACACUAUGUGUUUGAUAUUGAUUAAAUUAAUGAGCACAUAAGAGAGUGUGUCAUACCACAUCAAAUUUUUUUUUAGGAAUUUGAGUCCAAUGUAAAUCAGCUAUUAAUAAUAAACCUUUAAGCAACAACAACAUAGUCUUUAUUUUAAAAAAAUAGUGUAGUUGUUUAUAUGUUUUUAAGUACUUGUUCUUCAUUCAUUUCCUCUUUAUAUAAAGAAUGUUAAAAUAUAUUCUGGCUAUUUUGCUUUUGUCAAGAGUUUUUUUUUAUCUUCUCACCAAGUACAUAUUUACUUUAAAAAUUUUUGAUUGGUCAACUAACAAGUGAAUAUUUUCUUGCUGGAAAAGUCCUAUAACUAAUAUAUUUAAGUGUUUUUCUUUGCUAUGAAAAUGGAAAAUUUCAAAGCUUAUAUGCUUUAGUUUUCCUUUCUGAAGAACUAAAGGUUAUUAUAAUUGAUAAAAUCAAGGAUAGGAAAUUUUAUUUUACAAUGAAUGCCUCAAAAUACUAUUGAGUCAAAAAUCUGUAGCAAAAUUUUAUUAGAGAUAUUUCAGUUGUCAGUAAGAUUCUCAUUAAAAGUCAGCUAAGGUAGGUAGUACGUAGAAACAUUAUUGAGUAUGCUGUAAUCCAUCAGUAAUACAGAAUAUUUAGUCAGUCAUAAUACAUCCCUAUUUAAAUGAAAUGAUUUGCAUAAACAAUACAAAGAAAAUGGAGAUAACCUUUUCUUGCCGGAGGGAGUAUUGAGGAUGUCGGUGAAGAAUGUUCGUAAUUGUUACAAAAGUUGCGAUAGAAAUAUCACUUUAGGGCAUCAGCUAUUACCCUGCUUUCCGCAGAAAGUCCAAAGUGCUGUCUUUGAAGCUAGCUAAUAUUGCUUAUUUCUACUGUGACUCGAACUGUACAGUUAGAAAUACUAACAGUUGUGUACUGGGAUAUAACCGACUUAACCCUUUCAACCAGCGUGGCACAGUCAUCUUAGCAGACUCACUUAUUAAAACAUCUGCAACUGAGUAUUUUAUGAACAUUAUGUAGGACGUAUGCCGCCUCUUCUGUUGUGUGUUUUAUAGAUAUAUAUGUUCUCUUUUAUUUAUAUAUCUAGUGGUCACAAGUGUACAUGGUUCUAAAACUUAUUAAUGCCUAUCAAGUUUCAUUGAAAGGAAAUAUAUGUGUGUAAUACUGUAUCAUUCUAGAAUGAAUUCUGUGAGGGUGUUUUACUAGGAUGUAAUUUUUUGGUGCUCAUUAUGUUUCGUACUUAUUUUUUAAAUGUGUGUAAUGUCGUUUAUUUUCUUUUAAUAUGUCCAUCCAGUGUAAUUGUGUGAUAUUAGACAGGUGUUUUGGAGAGAUAAAGUGUUUAUUUCUGAAUAUUGUAGAUCCAUCUGUAAUUUUUAUAAUCUUUGAGUGUUUUAUAUGUGAGUGGUGUUUAUUAUCUUUUUGUAUUCCUAUUAAGAAUAGUGUAUUUUUUUACAUUUUUGUAUGGGUAGUGUGUAAUUGUUUGAUAUUAUUUUAUGUGCAUUAUAACAGAAGCAUAAAAGC